GGCCAAUACCACGGCUCGAGAAGCGGCCAUGAACAAACAAAUCUUGCCCUUAAAUAGCCCAGACCAACCCACGCCCCCACCAGUGGGACAAACCAGUUGGGUUUAUGCCCAUGAGGACAUAGAGCUCCUAAAAAAAUGGGGGCCAUCUACCACCCUCAACUAAAACAGUGGGUCUACAAAGGAAAGACAGUUAUGCCAAUAAAAAUGACUUUUGAAUUGAUCUCCUUUUUACAUAAAUUAACCCAUUUGGGGUUUAAGAAGAUAAAAACCUUACUAGAUCGGGAAGAGAUAAAUCUGUGUUUUUUUUUUUUUAAUUGGGACAAAGCGAUACAAAAGGUGACUGAGAGUUACAAAGCGUGCGCUCAGGUUAACCUGGGAAGGACCAUGAUUGGACAAGGAGUUCGUCCUAGGGGACACCGUCCCGACAUCCAUUGGGAAAUUGAUUUUACUGAAAUUAAACCAGGUAUAUAUGGAUACAAGUAUCUCCUAGUGUUUAUAGACACCUUCUCAGGAUGGGUCAAAGCCUUCCCCACGAAGCACGAGACUACAAAAAUGGUCACCAAGAAGCUCCUCGAGGAAAUCUUUCCCAGCCCUUCUCUGAGGGCCCAUUUACAGGCCCUACAGAUUGUGCAGAGAGACGUCUGGAGACCUUUGGCCGCUGCUUACCAGGACAAGCUUGAGCAUCCGGUGGUGCCACACCCGUUCCAGAUUGGAGACACCGUGUGGGUGCACAGACACCAGACCAAGAAUCUCGAGCCACGGUGAAAAGGACCCUACAACGUCCUCCUGACUACCCCGACCGCCCUAAAGGUAGACGGAGUCUCGGCUUAGAUCCACACACCACACGUCAAGGCAGUCCGGUCUGAGGAAUUGACUAAUCACAACACUACACCCCAGACAUGGAGAGUUCAGCGCACUCCAAACCCCUUAAAGUUAAAACUCCUACGUGGCUCCUUCUAGCCCUUUUGUGGCCUAGAGUCAGUGGGGGAAUAAGCCCCCACCAGACAGAAAUUUCUUGACCAAGUCGAGUGAAAGAUUUCACUCAAAGUUAGCAAAAAAAUGGGGGAAUGAAAGACCCCAGCUUAGCAGCAGUAACGCCAUUUUGCAAGGCUGUACUUAAGAUGACUGGUUCAGGGAAAGGUUAGAACACUGAGUACACAGCGGCUGCCAAGCAAGAUAUGUUUGGUUGAAGGCCUGGCAACAGGACAACUUCGGUUGAGCACCUGACAAUGAAAAAAAGCCCCAGGAGAGGUCCCACACCCUGGUGGGGGGCCGAGUCAGUCGUUAUGUUCCAAGAAGGUAGCUAAGAAACUUGCCCCCGGGCUGAACCCUUGGGGGGCCGAGUCAGCCGUUAUGUUUCAGGAAGGUAGCUAGGAAACUUGCCCCCCGGGCUAAACCCUUGCCAUAUUAGAAUCCACCAAUUAUAUCCCUGUAACCAUGCAUCUGCUUCUGUAUGCUUGCUUCUGCUCCCCAAAAUCCUAUAAAAGCCUAUCCUUGGUUC